AUGGAGACGGGUAUCUGGGAACGAGAUGGUGACGGCCGGCCAUACUGCGUAGGUAGUCGCAAUGGGUACUUGAUAGCUCUGGUACUCAGUACUUUGUUGGCUAAGCUGGUGGCCUCCGACAACCAGACCUCACACCCACUGCCGCGCUACAGAAUGGCAGCCAGCACCCCCUUGGGCCAGUGCUGA